AUGGCAGACUGGGUUUUAGCUGGCUUUGUGAAUGGGGUCACUGUGACCGAGGCUUGCCUUGAGAUGUUUGUCUCCAUACUGGACCCACAGUUCUCUACUACGGUUUGUUGUGUCUCAACUAGGGACUUUUGUAGCGAUUUGACUUGACACAGUCUGAGGAAUGUAAGCUCCGCUUUUCUUUUAUUCAACACUCCUUAUCUUCUCCCUACUCCUCCCCUCUCUUUCGCUCCUGCCUGUAGGGUAGAUAACAGUUCUGUGCUGCUGUCCUGAGUCUGCCCAUAUAAGGGCAUGUGUUACUAGACAGGAGUUUGUGCAGGUGGGCAGUGGCCUUUGGCUGUGUGUGUGUGUGUGUGUGUGUGUGUGUGUUAAAAUGUCAUCCAUCCUCAUCACUACUUCACACUCAUCUGAUUCCUGAUCCCCUCUAUUCCUAAAUAAAGCAACCCUCUUGAGAAAUAUUUCUCCCUUUUUAAACAAUAGAAAUUGUAUCUCUAGCUGCCUCUUCUGCUCCUGUGUCUCAUCCUUCCUACCUCCUUUUUUCUCACACCCACAUCCACUGCUCUUCUGGAGUAGCAGAGCAAAAAGCAACAAGGGAGCGGGAAUCGGCCUGCACUAGACAUGAAACGGGACGUGUGUGUGGUGAGUCACCAGACAUACAGGAGCAGACGAGGCAGCUAGAGGUACUACUCAGUGAUGUCAUUCCAUCCUGGCCAUCUCUAUCCUCGCUGUAGCUUGGUCUCUGACACGUUCUCUCACACUCUCUCUCUUGUUCUGCUUUCUCGUUCUCUCACACUCGUCCCCCACAGGUGAAACUGUGAGUCAGCCCCCCCCCCCCCCUUCCCAUUUCACAAUACACCUCUGUUCCUCCUUUCACCUUAUUACCCCUUGUCAACACCUCUCGCUCUUUCUCUCACACACACACCUACUGCAAGAAGUGAGUGCAGCUCCUUGUUUGUUGCCUAAUGGUAAAAGGCCUAAUGGUAACAGGCCCACCAAGAAAUCUGACUGCCGAUAGGUACUUAUCACAGUAGGAGGCCAUUACCUUCUCUUGCAAGGACAAAACAUUUCCCUGCUUUGUACCGACCUGAUACCGACAAACCUGUGGUGUAUUCAUUAGGGAAACAGUUUAAGAACCAAACAGAAGCAAAUGGAACAAAAUAGGGAGGGACCUAGCUGAAUUCGUCCAAUACAAACUCUUGUUUGUGUUUUCUGUUUGGAAUAAAUUGUUUGUUGUAAAAUGUUUUGCAACAGAAUCGGCAUAAUGAUUACACCCCUGCCGUUUCUACUUGUAGAAUCGCAGUGCUCGUCAGUGGCCGAGAACUUGACUUUGAGCCAAUCAGAGAGUACGAGUUGAUUUUCAGAAGCAGUUGUGCGAGUCCUGUGUGUGUCACCUCGGUCUCUCCCCAUGCCCCUCCCUAGCCAAACCGGUUUGACAGGUGUAUGUGUCCAUGCUUGUUCGUGUGUGGCACCUUGUUAUAGUAACCUUUUAAAACAUCUCAUGCACCCCUGGUUCCUGGUUUAUCAGCAGAUAAGCAAGUAAUUACUACUGUCUGCCUGAGCCUUUAAUUGUCUGGCUCCAAUUAUACUGUAUGGUAUCUAGUCCGUUCUAUUGUGUGCUCUGAAGAGGCUGGAACUGAAAGAAACCGUGAGGGAGAGGGAUGAAAGAGGGGACUUUGACAGAGGGGGAGAGAUUGGUAUAGAGAAAAAAGGUGCGAAAGGGCUGAGGGGGAGAGUGUGAGCGAGAAAUAGUCUGGGGGAGAGAUGGACGGACAGUACUGGAGGGCUUUAAAGAAAGAGAGGAGAGAUUGUUCCUAGGAGUUGGUGUUCUUGUCUCUCUGCUAAUGGUGUGUUUCGUCUGGCCCAGAAAAGAGCUGCAGUCUCAGCUGAGCCACAGCUACUGUACUGAUAAAGCUAGUGUAAUAUAGGUGUGUCCAUUGUAUUGUGUCUGGCGGGAUAGCCACUGGGCUGUUUCGCCAUAUGAACAGAUGCAUCUAUACAUGGUUACAUUCGGGGGGUUUUUCUCAGCAGCACUUGUUCAGCUCUACAUACUCAAGUGUUGUUUAGCGAUCAUCUUACUGCAUUCUUAAACUUCUAAAUAUGUAUUUUCACUCUUUCCUUCUCUUUGUUUCUCUCUGUCCCCCUCUGUAGUUUAUUUUGCCCUGUCCAUCCUCCUCCUCUUUGGGCCUAUAUCUACUCUACCCAUGAGCCCCUGCAACUAGGGCUCAGCCUUUGACCUUGGCCUGACCUCUCACCUCUUCUCCAAAGCCACGCCCCUUGGUGAAGGUCUGUAUAUCUCUGCUCUUUUGCUCUAUACCGAAACUUCUGUACUUUUCCGAUACAAAAAAACCCUGUUCGGUACUAGAAUUUGUUUAGUUCGGUACUUCUGUCAUGUGUUUCAUGUGAGUCUGUUUAUCAGCGCAGCCUCUUUAUAGCACGAAGAGCAAAGUACCUUCUCCACUUACUCAUUCUGUCUGGGCUGCAUUGUAUGCUGCACAGAAGUUAACACACUUGAAUAAUGCAACACGAAAUGUUGAAAAUGUUCAUAACUGUUUGCAAUACCAUGUCCACACAGGCUAGAACACUUUUACAAUGCAAGAUUGUGGUCCUCUGUAGCUCAAUUGGUAGAGCAUGGCGCUUGUAACGCCAGGGUAGUGGGUUCGAUCCCCGGGACCACCCAUACGUAAAAAUGUGUGCACACAUGACUGUAAGUCGCUUUGGAUAAAAGCGUCUGCUAAAUAGCAUAUUAUAUUAUUAUAAGAUGAUACCGGUAGCUUCCUCCUUUAAUUGUACUAGACUAACUUGCCUUGCUAGCUUACUGCUGACGCAAACGUCAAUUCACUACCCUAAUACUUUGUUUGUGAUAAUAUGCAAACAAUAAUGCAACAUAUGGAGAUUUUUUAAAAGCUGAUUGUCACCAAAAACAUUACUUCACUUGGUCUCCCUCGCUUCCUGUCUGGGUUCCACCAGAUUCACAGUCAGAUUCUGCCUCACAAAUUACAUCAUUACUUUCUUAAAGAAACAGCGCACACUUUUAUAAAAUAAUUGUUUAUUCUAUGCAAAUGUUGUUGAUCAGAUGCAUAUAAAAUUGUUUCAUCUGUAGCCCCAUGAAAUCAGCUAAAACAAGUUCAACUCAAUGCAUGCACACACUCCUGUUGAAUAAUAUGCAAUCAACUGUGUUGUGUAUAGACCUAGGCUACAUCUUGAUUUACCCAGUUUAUCAGAGAUUUACCAUUCAAAUAAAUUAUUACCUUUUGUUGUUUUGUAGUUAGAUUGGUAAAAACGGUCAUUAUGAUUGUAUAAUUGAUCAUUAAUGCAUACAUGGCUGUCUCUAAACUAUUGACAUAACGUUUUUCAAAUGUAAUGAUAUUUAACUCAAAAGGUGCUCAACGAUUUAACAGAGCAGUAGCUGAGUUUAUCUGUCUGGAUCGAGCCAUUCUGUGACUGGCUCACACGCAUUCUUUUUUGUGUGUUAUUGCUUUGGUAUUAAGGAUAGUGAUGGUAUCGCGUAUAGUGAUAAUAAACCUGAUGUCGAAUUCAAAAUGUAGAAAAUAGUAAAAAAGAAAAAGACCCUUGAAUGAGUAGGUGUUCUAAAACUUUUGACCGGUAGUGUACUUCUAUCUUUGACAGCUGGUCAAACCUCUUAGGGAUUUCAUGAUGAGAUUUGAGGCUUCCUGCUCUUUGCUUUAGUGCGGUUCAUACUGCUAUGGAGGUGUGUGUGGUUCUCUUUAUAGUGUAUGCCGUGUGUGUGUGUGUAACGUAGAGUGUAGGUUUGGGCGGUAUCCAGAUUUUCCUAUCGUCAUACCGUCCUCUCAUACCGGGAUUUACGGUAUUACUGGCUUAGUACUCAAGGGGGCGCCAAAAAACACAAUGCCAUUGGGCGUCUAUUACCAGAAUGCUAACAAAAUUACCACAGGUAAUAGCGAAUUUCCAUGGAGGCUACUAGCUAAAUAUGCUUAUGAGUGCAAGUGAAAAUAAACUAAUUGCAGAUAGUUAAGCCAGCUGACUAAAGUUAUACAUAUAUAGGUAGGAGCUACCGAAUGUCAUUUUUGGGGAGUUUGGACAGUUACAAGCGAAUGUGAACGAGAGACAUUGCAAAUAAAAAAGUUUUGAAGCAUGCUUGUCUGAAGGCAGAACAGUACCGGCUCUUGAGCAGCAUAUGUACACACUGUGUCUGUCUGGAGUCGCUAGGGCAACGGGCCUGCCUGCUCUGCUCAGAGAAGAGGGGGGAGGAGCAGAUGGGCUGAGAAUGGAAAUAAGAAAAAAGUAAAGAAAAUCAAGAUGUCAGUGGCAGAUAUACAAAUAACUCAUCCAAAGGGCUUUGACUUCUCAAACAUGUCAGAAAGCUAGCACAAUAUGAUGACACGUCACCUUAUUAAUUCAUCCACUUAAUUAGAUAACCUGACCCUUAAGUUUAACUUGCUAGUUAAUGCAGAAUUUUGCGUUUUUCGCAUAAGAAAUAUCUUGUAAACGCAGAGCUAAAAUACUCCUUUUUGUAAUUUCAGCUCAGCAUCACUCAUUUUGCCCUUCAGUUGCACUUCUGUCAGCAGACAUUCUCUGACUGAUGUUUAGCUACUUUUCUCCAGUACUUUUCUCCAGUAAAAUGCAAGAUUAACUUUAAGCAAAACAUUUAGGAAAUGUAGCUGGCUACAUUCUUUCUAUGAUAAACAUUAGAAAUAUGAUGGCCAUGCAUUGUUUUUGACUAAAAAUACCUUGCUUUUUCAUUGUAAGCUCAUUUACUUGUGUGGCUGCCAACCAAAUAGUGUUGCACUUCUGUUCACGUUUUAUAUUGAAAAAUGAAUGUGUUGCACGUCCCUGAUCACUCUUGAAGCAAAACACUGACUUUCAAUAUAAAACGUGACCCCUGUCAAUACACAGCUGGACUCACCUGCUCCCGCUUUCUCCCUUUGCUAUUUACAAACAAACGUGACUGGCUCAACUGUUCUGGGGAACUACAGUGAGCUUCAUAAUGUGACCGGUGAAAUGAAGAACGCAUUCUGCUUUAUCUCCUAACGUAUUUCACAAGUUGACUUUAGGUAUUUACUUAAGUAGCUACAAAUAUAAACAUUUAUUGAAAAACUUUAAAGAAAUAGUUUUGACGGUAUUGAAAAACCAUCCCGUGGCUAUUGCCAAAUACCCCGGUAUACCGCCCAAGCCUAAUAGAGUGUAUGGAGCUGUGUGUGUGUGUGACUGCUCUCUCUGUAGAGUGUGUGUGUGUGUGUGUGUGUGUGUGUGUGUGUGUGUGUGUGUAACGGCUCUCUCUGUAGAGUGUGUGUGUGUGUAACGGCUCUCUCUGUAGAGUGUGUGUGUGUGUGUGUGUGUAACGGCUCUCUCUGUAGAGUGUAUGGAGCAGUGUGAGAGCGCUGCGACUCUCCUGGAGUCGGUAAGGGAGCAGGAGGUGCAGUUUGAACAGCUGACCAGAGCGCUGGAGGAGGAGAGGAGGAGAGUGGGCCUCCCCAGCCCCCCGUCCCGCCCCCUCCCCCACACACAGGUAACACCCCAGCCCCACGUCUCCCCAGUGGAGAUUUCCUAGGGUCGUUUCUAGAUGCAGGCGAAAAGACCAGUCAUAACCUAAUCUUUCCUUCUAUCCAUCCCUCCAUCAUCCAGUGAUUACUGUUAUCACCCUCCAUCCAUCGCAUCCAACCCCAUAAUCCAUCCCUCCGUUCCUCCACUGGCGCCCUGGAUUGUGUGUGUGGUACCUGUGCGUUGCAUUUCAACCCUUAUCCAUUAACACACUACUGUGUGUGUUUACAUAUCUCUACAGCUUUAACAUGCCAUGCGUUAUACGUCACGUACCUCUGCAUAACUCCAUCUCGCACCACCACACUUACUGCACUCCCAUACACCAUGCACACAAAACCUUCAUACCACCCUUACAUACCUUUGCAGGCCUCUGUCAUGUAAUUACAGCUAUUCUCAUCUUUGCCCCAGCAUGUUGUGGUUAAAACUGCACCUGGAAUGCUGCAGUCAGUUUUCACGCAUGCAGCCUCAUUCUACCACUAAGAUCAUAAUUUUAAACGAUGCACAAUGUCAACUAAGAGGAACUACUAAUAUGAUUAUGGCCUCCUAUGUUAUGUGAUCAUGUGUUUCUCCACAGCAGUGAAGUCACUAUGCUUUACCAUGCAGUUAGAGCCGUGAAGAGACAUGGAGAAUUCCUCUGUUUUACUGAGUAAACAUCGGCGGAUGGGGAAGGUGAAGGGGUUGCCUUUGUUGUCAUCAUGUUAGCAGGGCUAAUUGGUUUAAGGUUGUCCAGUCAUUCUCCUCUACCAUGCUUAGUGUCAGCAUGUUAAGCAAUGUUUCAUGACUGUCACUGGGUGGGUGUUGCCUCUCCCGGUUCAGGUGUUCUUGUUUGUCUAUUUUGACUUAAGUAUAAUUCCACGUUUGGACACCGAUUCAUUGGAAACAACAGACUGGGGUCAGUUAUAAAAAAAAUUGUGAGUCUGCACUGCAGCCAUGGAGCCACCUUUUUUUUUUAUGUGUCCUACUUCCAUCCAUCCUUCAUUGAAGUGAUCUAACAUGAAAUGAGUGGUGAAAGAAAAGCAAUGGUUGGGUCAUUGAUUACCUCAAAGGGAGCAGGAAAGGAAGGAUGCAUUUUCAAAGUAUUAAAAUGUGGCCGAUGACUGAGGUAUUGAGAGAACAAGGUCAGCUUGCUUAAUGUGUCAUGACGCCAGCAGUGUUCGGGUGGUUGUAGGGAGAUGUUGUAGCCUAGGAUACAACCCAGUUGGAUCCUCUGUAAUAUCUCUAAAGACGUCUGUGGAUAUCAGUGUGUUCUCUUGGUUGACGGUUUCUCUCCUCCUCAGAACGGGCGUCUGGGGGAUGCAGACAUAGAACGACUGAAACUGAGUGAGGGAUACAUUAACGGGACACAGGUGUGUGCUGGUAGUGUGUGUGAUGCCCUGUGUGUGUGGAUGCCCUGUGUGUGUGUGUGUGUGUGUGUGUGGGAUGCCCUGUGUGUGUGGGAUGCCCUGUGUGUGUGGGAUGCCCUGUGUGUGUGGGAUGCCCUGUGUGUGUGGGAUGCCCUGUGUGUGUGUGGAUGCCCUGUGUGUGUGUGUGGGAUGCCCUGUGUGUGUGUGUGGGAUGCCCUGUGUGGUGUGUGUGGGAUGCCCUGUGUGGUGUGGUGUGUGUGUGGGAUGCCCUGGUGUGUGUGUGUGACCGUUGUGUGUGUGGGGAUGCCCUGUGGUGUGUGUGUGUGUGUGUGUGUGGGAUGCCCUGUGUGUGUGGGUCGUGUGUGGGGAUGCCCUGUGUUGUGGGGUGUGUGUGUUUGUGGGGAUGCCCUGUGGUUGGAGUGGGGUGUUGGGAUGCCGUGUGUGGUGUGUGUGUGGAUGCCCUGUGUGUGGUGUGUGUGGGAUGCCGUGUGUGUGUGUGUGGGAUGCCCUGUGUGUGUGUGUGUGUGUGUGGGAUGCCCUGUGUGUGUGUGUGUGUGUGUGGGAUUGCCCUGGUGUGGUGGGGGUGUGUGUGUGUGGGAUGCCCUGUGUGUGUGUGUGUGUGUGUGGGAUGCCCUUGUGUGUGGUGCGUUGUGUGUGUGUGUGGGAUGCCCUGUGUGUGUGUGUGGGGGGAUGCCCCGUGUGUGUGUGGGGGGGAUGCCCCGUGUGUGUGUGUGGGGGAUGCCCUGUGUGUCUGUGUGUGUGCGUGGGAUGCCCUGUGUGUGUGUGUGGUGUGUGGUGUGUGUGUGUGUGCGUGUGCGUGGGAUGCCCUGUGUGUGUGUGUGUGUGGGAUGCCCUGUGUGUGUGUGUGGGAUGCCCUGUGUGUGUGUGUGGGAUGCCCUGUGUGUGUGUGCGUGGGAUGCCGUAUGUGUGUGUGUGUGGGAUGCCGUAUGUGUGUGUGUGUGGGAUGCCCCGUGUGUAGUGUAUGUGAUGCCCUAUGUGUAACAUUGUGUUUACAGUACAGGAUGGUGGACCCAGCGCAUGGCGCUCUAGACGAGAGCUACACACCAGAAGGUGAUUCCCAGGAAGUACACUCAGUCUUCACAGACGAUGGAACCAAUGGACGGCAGGCAGGGAACGUGGUACGAAAACACACACUUUGUACUGUAACUGAAAAUAAUUUUCUCCAUGGAGGACAAACGAUUCUCUACAACUUCCUGUCUCAUGGUGAUGUACUUCCUCUUCUUCAGAUGAAGAAGAUGAUCACCUCACGUACCGUCCUGCCCUCUGAUUCGAUGUCCAUCGACGGGGGAGUGUCCGUCUCGGGCAUGGGCGGUUACAGUGCCACUCUGGACCGUUCCUACAGGCAGGGUGGAGGGGGGGACUACCCCACAGCCACGGUCCCUAGGAACUACCACUACGGCCCCGCGGGGGGGUACGACGACUACAGGAGCGCCCCGCCCUCUGAGGCCUACACCAGCCUGAGCAGGGGCAUACACAUGGACGACCGCUACAGGUCAGACCACUGUCGUUAAAGUUUGUGAAAACGCUAAAGAGCACUGUAAAGAAAUAAUUCUAGUAUUCCUUUGUGAAGAUUCCCGUAUCUUUGGGAUAAUUGAUCUUCUGUCUCUCUCCAGACCUGCGGAUGGGUACAGGACCCUGGACUCUGGGUACCGCGCCCCCAGCAGACAGCAGCUGGACCCCUACGCAGCCCAGCCUCAGGUGGGGCGAGGGGUGAGGGGCAUGGGCAGUGCCCUGGAGUUGGGGGGCAUGCGCUACGCCCACCAGGGCCGCUAUGGCAUGGAGGAUGACCAGAGGAGUCUGGGAUAUGAUGACGUGGAGUACAGUAUGGCUCCUCCCACCAUGCAUCCAGCAUACGGAACUAUGCCACGACUAGGCCCAGGCCCUGGAGGACUGGACAGACGCAGGCUCAGGUACACACACACCACUCGGAUAUGUAUGUACACCAUACUCCAAUACAACACACACACUCUCACUAAUAGGCUACACACACACCAAUUCACUCAUGUCUGAUUGUCUCUUAGGAGUUGUGAGGACACUUUGGAAGGGGACGUGGGAGGAGUCGACCCCUACACCUGGGGCGUCAACAUGGAGAGGGGAAGUAUGGCGUCAUUGGACAGCACCCUGAGGAAGGGCCCGCCCACUUCCUGGAGACAGCCGGAGCUUCCGGAGGUUAUCGCCAUGUUGAACUACAGGCUGGACCCGGUCAAAACCAACGCUGCUGCCUUCCUCCAGCACCUCACAUUCAAGAAUGACAAGGUAACACACACAAACCUUUUAUACCUGCAAACACACAGAAAUGUAUUGAAAUUAUGGAUAUUACAAGUGUUAAAGUACUGCUGUCAGCGUUUUUAGGAUAGGUUUGGUGUGUGACCAUGUUGGUUGUGUAGGUGAAAUCGGAGGUGCGUCGUCUAAAGGGGAUCCCUUCUCUGGUCUCGUUGCUGGACAACCCCAAGAAGGACGUACACCACUCGGCCUGCGGGGCGCUCAAGAACAUCUCGUACGGACCAGACCACGACAACAAGAUCGCCAUCAAGAACUGUGACGGCAUCCCUGCCUUAGUCCGGCUACUGAGGAAGGCCAGAGACCAAGACCUCACUGACACCAUUACAGGUAAUACUACUGUUCAGUCCCUCCAGGAUUUCAAAGGGAUUUUCUGUGCUGUUUGCUGGCAAAAAUGCUUGAUUUUGCUGCGGCAUUUCUGAAAUUUUGCAUGGCAAUAUGCAAUGAUUUUGACCAAUUUGUCGCGAAAUGCACUGACGAGGGAGAAUGUUUGUUGACGUGUGGCUUGAUUGAACCAUAUGUGGUAAUUGUGCUGAUUUUGCCACCAAGUAAAUUAUCACGGAGUCCUGGAGGGACUGUUCUAACUACUCUGUAAUACUUGCAUUACUAUUACCGUACUACUUAUGGGACAGUAAAACACCAGUAUUACCAUGUAGUAUUCCUACCAGUGGCGGCUCCUGAAAAAAUUCUCAGGAGGGGCAAUUUUUCUGAUGAUUUAGGUGACCUACACACAUUUUAAAAAAAGAUAUGUCCAGCAACAACAUGAAGACAGGGGCAGCAUAUAAGCCAAUACCAGAAGCAUUUAUUGACUGAUCUCAAAAGUGUUGGCUUACCAGGGUUGGUGGAGCCCUCAGUUUCAUCUUUGCCUCGCAAAGCUAACUCAAACACUCCGCAAAACUUCACACACUGGAUUAGCCGGCUGAGGAUGUGGCGGUUCUUGCUAAUGUCGUAGUAAAUAUAUUUGUUAUAGUGAAUAUGGAAUAUGAUAUGUUGAGUAAAAUGUUGUGCUAAGAUCUAUUUAGGUCAGGAGCUGGUUAUAAGUUCUGUUCCUAUCCAAUAACAAUGGACAAAAGGGUCCUAUCUUGUCAGCCUUGUCAGCAGGUGGCCAAGGACAACACCCACGCCAUAGGCCUCUCAGUUCUUCCAACUCACGAGUUCUUGCUCUGAGGACACACACACACACAAACACACACACACACACAUCAUCACUGUUAAACACACACACACACACACACACAUCAUCACUGUUAAACACACACACACACACACACACAAAAAUCCCCUCUCUUAGGCUGAACAUUUGAAGACAGAGAACCCGACUCAGAGCCAAUGCAACAGUGACAGUAGCCUGGAGGUGACCUCGCCCAACUCAUCAGGACCAAUCAGAAGAUCAGAACUACUAGAUUGAACCUACUUCAUUUAUUGCAUAAAAUGUCUGCACACAAUGUUUCGGGGCUCUCUUCAGAUAAUAAUAAUAAUAAUAAUAAUAAUAAUAUGCCAUUUAGCAGACGCUUUUAUCCAAAGCGACUUACAGUCAUGCGUGCAUACAUUUUUGUGUAUGGGUGGUCCCGGGGAUCGAACCCACUACCUUGGCGUUACAAGCACCAUGCUCUACCAGCUGAGCUACAGAAAGUGGAUACUCAUGGAUGCGCAUUGCAAUUGUAAAAUGUCAACACAAUUGGAGACACCACGUCAUUUUUGGAGACAUGUUAUUGACAGUAAACUAUUGUAGAUGCGACUGCUAACUAAAUAAAACAUUUUAGCUGGCUAGCUAAUCAUCUUAGCUAAAUGUGGGGCAAACAAUUCAGUUAUUUACCGUUAAUUUGAGGGAUUGGGGUGAAAGAAAUCGAGUUACAUAGUGAUACUUUACGAUAUACUGUAUUGACAAUAUCGCAAUAUUUUAGCGCUAGUUGGCUGUACCUGCACCAAAACACCAUUAUUGUUCCUUCAUAGCUUGUUCUCAAUCUUUUCACAUUGGGAGCCAAUUAGUUUUCAGCACUUUUAUUUCCAUGACUGAUCAAAACUCGUUCUCAUGGCUUUCUGAUCCCUCUGCAACAGACAUAUGGUGCGCAAUAAAAUCACAGUAUCGAAUCGCAAUACGUAUAGAAUCAUGAGACUCGCAAUGCUGAUGCAUAUAUCUUAUCGUGAGGUUCCUGGCAAUUCCCAGGCCAAGUUCAUUUGCCACAACAAAUCUCUUCGCUAGCAAACGCGAUGUCUUCUCCAAAACGACAAUGUGUCUCCAGCAAUGUUUACUUUUUUGACGUUCUAUGGCAUCUCCACUUUCCAAGCAUAUAUGACCACAUGUAAUAUUUUGGUAAGUGAUGCAAAUAGUGAACUAUGUAGGGCCAGGAUGUAAAAUAUAUGUAGCUGCAGCAAUUUCUCUUAUCUGAUAUGGUAAGUAAUGGGGCUUAAUGUAUAGCUCCCUAAGAGUUUGACGAACGGGUCCGUGAACGCGAUUCCAGAUAUAUUUACCUCUGAAUAAACUGCCUUUAUUACACCAUAUCCACAUCCAGUAAACUUGUGAUUAUCAACACUAACCUCAUCGUUGUGGCGGCGGACAGCUAGCCUGUAUCCCUCGUCAUCCAGUUGAGUGAGUCGCAAUGUCUUUUUUCGUUCGUACCAAUUUUUGGAAAAUCCUCGGGUGUAGGACUUUCCGCCUUUAGUAGAAACCUGUUGAAUUAUUAAAUUUGGUCUGGGAGGUCCUAAUUGUUUCGUUGCCAAUUUAUCUUAAUUUGUUCGCCGACAAAAAGGAACUUCUUUCAAAGACACAAUCGAGUUGGACUGAAGCCUAGCCAUUUUGAUAGUAGUAGUGAAUUGAUUGAGGCUGCUACCUGGUCUUUUCUUAGUUACGUUCAUUCGUGGUUACGUUAUGUAUGACGAAAGCGCGUAAGUGCAAGCCACAGACACCCAUAGAGAAUGUAUUGAAAGCUUGAAAUGUGCAAAAAUAGAUUUACAUGACAGGGCUAGAGCGACUUCGGGGCGAUUUCAACCUGACUGAAAUCGCCCAAAAACGGGCGGGGGGCCAUUUGAAGCACGACUUUAGCAUUAUUGGACCAUUAGUGGCUGUCAGAUCAGACGGGAACCUGCUAAAUGCUGUGCGUGAAUAAUUUUUUAUAAAUAAAUUAUAAAAAAAAUAUAUAUAUAUAUUUUUUUUUUUUUUUUUUUUUUUUAUUAAUGGAUUAGAAAAAAAAAUCCCUUCCUUUUCCCGUUUGGCAGUGCGUCGCCCAUAUCGCCCUAUUGAACACGCGUCAUGAUUCCUACUAUACUUCAGCUUUAUAACCUCUACUAUAAUUCCUUAUUAUUGGACCCAAUCAGAGAAUAGAGUGUCAUGGAGAUGACCAAGAACGCAUCUCCCUCUUCUUCCUCAGGCACAUUGUGGAACCUUUCGUCUCACGACUCGGUGAAGAUGGAGAUCGUGGACCACGCGUUACACGCCCUCUCAGACGAGGUGAUGGUGCCGCACUCUGGCUGGGAGAGAGGGAGUGACGGAGGGGAGGAGAGCCUCAAACCACGACACCUGGAGUGGGAGACGGCCCUCACCAACACAGCUGGCUGUCUGAGGUGCGUGGAGGGAGAAGAAAUGGACGGCAGGAGAUUAAUGGAGGAGGGAAUGGAACAAGGAAAUAUGUAUUGGUCAAUUCCGGGGAAGAUUAACCAUUAACGUUGUAUCUAUAUAUUUUUUCUUGUUCAGAAACGUGAGCUCAGAACGUAGUGAGGCCAGGCGAAAGCUGAGAGAGUGUGCAGGAUUGGUGGAUUCAUUGAUGUACAUUGUCCAAUCACAGAUCAACCGCAAAGAUGUGGACAACAAGGUGUUUAACACAACCCUUAACUUCUAAUCCAUUGCUUAUGCACAUUUUCUUAAUUUCUUUCACAAUUACUUACUUGAAUAAAGACCCUUUAAAACCUUCCCUGUCUCUUUGCAGUUGGUGGAGAACAGUGUUUGUCUGCUGAGGAAUCUGUCCUAUCAGGUUCACCGAGAGGUUCCCGGCUGCGAGCGCUACCUGGAGGCUGCGCCCCUAAACCAGGGCCCCACCCCCGGCUCCAACAAGGCCGGCUGCUUCGGCUCACGGAAGGGCAAAGGUCAGUAACUGGCGUGUAAAUCCCCAAAGGUUGAUGUCUGCGCCUCCGUUUAAAUCAAAUUAGCAUAAGAACAUUUGUUUUGCUUAUUUGAGCUGUUCUUGCCAUAAUAUGGACUUAGCCCUAUUUGGUAAAAGACCAUCUUCUGUAAACCCCCCCUACCUUGUCACAACACAACUGAUUGGCUCAAACGCAUUAAGAAGGAAAGAAAUUCCACAAAUUAACUUUGUAAGAAGGCACACCUGUUAAUUGAAAUGCAUUCCAGGUGACUACCUCAAGAAGCUGGUUGAGAGAAUAUCAAGAGUGUGCAAAGCUGUCAUCAAGGCAAAGGGUGGCUAUUUGAAGAAUCUCAAAUAUAAAAAAUAUAUUUUGAGUUUAACACUUAUUUGGUUACUACAUGAUUCCAUAUGUGUUAUUUCAUAGUUUUGAUAGUAGUUACAAUGUAGAACAUUUUUAAAAUAAAGAAAAACCCUUGAAUGAGUAGGUGUUCGAAAACUUUUGACCGGUGUGUGUAUAUAUCUCAAUGCGUUUGUAUGGGCUAAUAGCGGUAUGGCCAAAUAAAAUGUUUCAACAAAUAAUUUUUUCAGAUUUUUAUAGUUAGUAGAACCCCCCCCCACCCCAGCUUAGUCUCUUAUGGGUUAAAGAUCAUAGUUCAGCCUGUGUGUUCUCUAUGGCUAGAGGUAGAAAGUUUCCCUUAACCCCAGAUCUAGGAUCAGAUUACCCUCUCCCCAGUUCUGACUCAUUAAACAGGACUAAAGCUAUGGUUAGUGGCAACAUAAUCCUACUCUGUGUGUGAUGUUUGGGUGCCAGGAGCUGGAUUUUGCUCCUGUGGUUCUGAUGGGUUUGUGCUUGUUGGUAGCUGGGAUACUAUUUCAGUUUUUCACACUCUCUCCACUGUCUCUCCCUCCCUCUGUCCUCCGCCCAUCCUCUUCUUGUGUUCCUGUCCUGUUUAGAUGAGUGGUUUUCCAAAGGUAAGAUUCUCUUCAGCUGCGUUUAUGCAGGCUGCCCAAUUCUGAUCUUGUUUUUCACUAAUUGGUCUUUUGACCAAUCAGAUCAGCUUUGAAAAAGAUCUAAUGUGAUUGGUCAAAAUACCAAUUAGUUGAAAAGAUAUAUCAGAAUUGGGCUGCCGCUGUAAACGCAGCCUUCUUGGUGGCGUUUUGUACUGUGGCUGAAUAAGGGCUUUUCCUAACGCUGGCUGGUCUUAACAUUGCCUUUACUUGGUCUGUAGAUUUGUAAAUGGGACUUGACAAACGGAGUGCAUGCUGUUCAACUAGUGCAUGAUACCAUGAUGUCAUUCUGAGGAGAAUCUGCAUCUGUUAAAAAGGGCUGAGGUGGAACAGAUUCAAAUGCACCUAAUAUUUAUUUUUUACAUCUACUUCGAUUGGAAUGAUCUCUAGAUUGUUUUGUCCUCUCUUCAUCCCCACUCAUCAUCCUCUCUCUCUCUAGGUAAGAAGGAUGCGGAUGACGGGAGUGCGGACCAGGUUGAUAUUCCAAAGAGGACGAUGCCUGCCAAAGGUGAGUCAAAACACCAUACGAAAACACAGCAAACACAGAAUCAGUUACUGAAAUCCCUCUUCCUACCAGGCUAUGAGCUGUUGUUCCAGCCAGAGGUGGUGCGUGUGUACACGUCCCUGCUGAGAGAGAGCCAGAACCCCUCAGUGCUGGAGGCCGCAGCCGGGGCCAUACAGAACCUGUGUGCCGGACGCUGGACUGUGAGUGGACGGCUUCUGACCUCGCACCUUUUCCUCCUUGUCUUACGUAUCUUUUUCUGAUCCAUAGCAUCACCCCAAUGAUGUUGAUCGCAGCUUACUCCCUCUCCCUCCCUCUCUGUCCCUCAGUAUGGUCGCUAUAUCCGGGCCACGGUGCGUCUGGAGAAGGGCCUGCCCAUGAUGGCAGAGCUGCUGGCUCAUGGGAACGAUCGUGUGGUCAGAGCCAUGUCCGGAGCCCUGAGGAACCUGGCCAUCGACAACCGCAACCGCGAGCUACUCGGUAAGUUGGUGUGUGUAUCAGAUAUCGCAUGUUAGUUAUCACAUAUCAAAUACGUUUUUCAUCAUUAUUUGAAAAAAUGUAAUUCCUUUCUGGAUUGUUUCAGAUCCACUCUUUAGUGUAUGUAUUGUUGUAUCUGUCCGUCCUGUCCUCCCAUAGGUAAGCACGCUGUGCCCCACCUGGUGGCAGACCUUCCGGGUGGCCAGAGCCAGUCGGCACGACCUCUGUCUGAGGAGACGGUGGUGUCUGUACUGAGCACACUCACUGAGGUGCUGGGCAACAGCCUGGAGGCCGCCAAGACCCUCAGGGCCUCCCAAGGCAUCGAGAGACUGGUGCUCAUCAACAAGGACGGGUAAGAGAGGGAGAGAGAGUGUUUGUGUGUGGAACUGACGCUCAUUAACAAGUGUAUAUUCUUGGCGUUUAUGUGUGCGUUUGUUUGAGACGGAUAGGUCAGUGUCCAUACAGUACAUGUCUAACGGAGUGUCUGUCUAUUGGUCCUGCAGUAAGCGCUCUGAGCGGGAGGUACGUGGGGCAGGCCAGGUGUUACAGCUGGUCUGGGGGCACAAGGAUCUGCGGCGCCCCCUGGAGAAGGACGGCUGGAAGAAGACCGACUUCAUGGUGAACCACAACCCCCCCGCCAACGGCCCCUCUACACGCACCAAUGGGACUUAUGAGGACACUACCAUGCCACUGCUAGACAGAGGUGACUCUUGGAAUAGAGUUGUAUUUGCGUCAGACUUGCUUCUUAACAGCAAGUGAAAGCUAGACGUAAAAUGUAGGAAUUUUAGGGAAGCAAACAGAAUGUAAUGGUUUUUGUUUUUUCAACAGGGGAGAAGAGGGACAUGAUUCCACUAAAUGACCUAGGGCCUGGUGCGUAUCCAUAGGAACACUGACAAAGCUAAGCCCAGCUAUUAGUUUAUUUUUCUAUCAAUGAUUCAUGCUCUUCCUCCCUACAUCUUAGAAGCCUACUCUACACUGGACCAGAGGGAGAGGAGACACACUCUGGACAACUCCCUCAACGCCACAGACACUUUACAGGUAACACACCCCUGCCCUGUACACGUUGUUUCUUUCACUUAAACACACUUGCCUUUAACCCGUUCUCUUUAAUUCACACCUUUUUUAAAACGUCUCUCUAUUUUGCCUUUUGGUUGACGACCACCAUCUCUACUCAGGGUAUCUUUCUCACUUUCACAAUCUCUCACUCUUUCUCUGUCUUUCUCGUUCCGUCUCAGCGUGGGGUGUAUGGAGGCAGAAAGGGUUCACUGCCUCUGUUGGACUCCUACGAUGGUUAGCCCCCCUCCCCUCUCUCCCUCUGCAUGUAACAGCAUGGUACGUUUCACCUCUUGUCCUGCAUGGACUCUAUAUCUCCAUCCUUUGUCUUUGAUACCUAUUGCCUAUCUCUGCUGUAACACUGUCAAUAUUGUGUUAUUUCAGUACCUUGGUUUUGUACACAGUUAUAGUGUGCAGUGAAAACUGAUUGAAGUUCAGGGUACGAAUACUGUAGUAGUAUACAAUAGUCAGUGUUUCCACUAGUUUUUUAUUCCCUAUAAUUGUAUAAAUUUUUCCAUGGCAAAGAGCAAAAGUUAAUUUCCUACAAUUCUAUGCAGUUUGCCAUGGCCAUUUGUGUUUAUGUUCAAACAUUAUAACAAAACCAAUGGGCACCCCAAUCGGGGCCCUUGGCCAUGUGCCCUGUCAGUAAUCCAGCAAUGGCAAAAAAUAGCCCUGACCUCAACCCCAUGAACACCUUUGGGAUGAAUUGGAACGCCGACUGCAAUCCAGGCCUAAUCGCCCAACAUCAGUCCCUGAUCUCACUAAUGCUCUUGUGGCUGAAUGGAAGCAAGUCCCUGCAGCAAUGUUCCAACGUCUAGUGGAAAGCCUUCCCAGAAGUUAUAGCAACUCCAUAUUAAUGGCCAUGAUUUUGGAAUGAGAUGUUCGACAACCAGGUGUCCACAUACUUUUGGUCAUGGGUUGUGUGUAAUAAAUGUAUAUAUUACACACACUGAACAAAAAUAUGAACGUAACAUAAUUAAGUGUUGGUCCCAUGUUUCAUGAGCUGAAAUACAAGAUCCCAGAAAUGUUCCAUACACACAAAAAGCUUAUUUCUCUCAAUUGGUGCACAAAUUUGUUUUCUUCCCUGUUAGUGAGCAUUUCUCCUUUGCCAUGAUAAUAAUAUGAUAAUAAUAUGCCAUUUAGCAGACGCUUUUAUCCAAAGCAACUUAGUUACCUGCAAAAUCGGCAGUGUAUCAAAUACUUGUUCUCCCCACUGUAUAUAUAUAUAUAUGUAUAUACAGUGAUGGGAAAAAAAGUAUUUGAUCCCCUGCUGAUUUUGUACGUUUGCCAACUGACAAAUAAAUGAUCAGUCUAAAAUUUUAAUGGUAGGUUUAUUUGAACAGUGACAGACAGAAUAACAACAACAAAAUCCAGAAAAAUGCAUGUCAAAAAUGUUAUAAAUUGAUUAUAAAUUUUAAUGAGGGAAAUAAGUGUUUGACCCCUCUGCAAAACAUGAUUUAGUACUUGGUGGCAAAACCCUUGUUGGCAAUCACAGAGGUCAGACGCUUCUUGUAGUUGGCCACCAGGUUUGCACACAUCUCAGGAGGGAUUUUGUCCCACUCCACUUUGCAGAUCUUCUCCAAGUCAUUAAGGUUUCGAGGCUGACGUUUGGCAACUUGAACCUUCAGCUCCCUCCACAGAUUUUCUAUGGGAUUAAGGUCUGGAGACUGACUAGGCCACUCCAGAACCUUAAUGUGCUUCUUCUUGAGCCACUCCUUUGUUGCCUUGGCCGUGUGUUUUGGGUCAUUGUCAUGCUGGAAUAUCAAUCCACGACCCAUUUUCAAUGCCCUGGCUGAGGGAAGGAGGUUCUCACCCAAGAUUUGAUGGUACAUGGCCCUGUCCCAGGCCGAGGGAGAUUGACAGUUAUUUUGUGUUUCUUCCAAAUCGCAAAUAAUCGCACCAACUGUUGUCACCUUCUCACCAAGCUGCUUGGCGAUGGUCUUGUAGCCCAUUCCAGCCUUGUGUAGGUCUACAAUCUUGUCCCUGACAUCCUUGGAGAGCUCGUUGGUCUUGGCCAUGGUGGAGAGUUUGGAAUCUGAUUGAUUGCUUCUGUGGACAGGUGUCUUUUAUACAGGUAACAAGCUGAGAUUAGGAGCACUAACUUUAAGAGUGUACUCCUAAUCUCAGCUCGUUACCUGUAUAAAACACACCUGGGAGCCAGAAAUCUUUCUGAUUGAGAGGGGGUCAAAUACUUAUUUCCCUCAUUAAAAUGCAAAUCUAUUGAUAAAAUUUUUGACAUGCGGUUUUUCUGGAUUUUUUUGUUGUUAUUCUGUCUCUCACUGUUCAAAUAAACGUACCAUUAACUUAUUAACAUUAAAUUAGACUGAUCAUGUCUUUGUCAGUGGGCAAACGUACAAAAUCAGCAGGGGAUCAAAUACUUUUUCCCUCACUGUGUGUGUGUGUGCAGUCGUGGUCAAAAGUUUUGAGAAUAACACACAUACUAAUUUUCACAAAGUCUGCUGCCUCAGUUUUGAUGAUGGCAAUUUGCAUAUACUCCAGAAUGUCAUGAAGAGUGAUUAGAUUAAUUGCAAAGUCCCUCUUUGCCAUGAAGAUGAACUUAGUCCCCAAAAAACAUUUCCACUGCAUUUCAGCCCUGCCACAAAAGGACCAGCUGCCAUCAUGUCAGUGAUUCUCUCGUUAACACAGGUGAGAGUGUUGACGAGGACAAGGCUGGAGAUCACUCUGUCAUGCUGAUUGAGUUAGAAUAACAGACUGGAAGCUUUUAAAAGGAGGGUGGUGCUUGAAAUCAUUGCUCUGUUAACCAUGGUUACCUGCAAGGAAACACGUGCCGUCAUCAUUGCUUUGCACAAAAAGGGCUUCACAGGCAAGGAUAUUGCUGCUAGUAAGAUUGCACCUAAAUCAACCAUUUAUCGGAUCAUCAAGAACUUCAAGGAGAGAGGUUCAAUUGUUGUGAAGAAGGCGUCAGGGUGCCCAAGAAAGUCCAGCAAGCGCCAGGACCGUCUCCUAAAGUUGAUUCAGCUGCUGUAUCGGGGCACCACCAGUGCAGAACUUGCUCAGGAAUGGCAGCAGGCAGGUGUGAGUGCAUCUGCAUGCACAGUGAGGCGAAGACUUUUUGAGGAUGGCCUGGUGUCAAGAAGGGCAGCAAAGAAGCCACUUUUCUCCAGGAAAAACAUCAGGGACAGACUGAUAUUCUGCAAAAGGUACAGGGAUUGGACUGCUGAGGACUGGGGUAAAGUCAUUUUCUCUGAUGAAUCCCCUUUCCGAUUGUUUGGGGCAUCCGGAAAACACCUGGUCCGGAGAAGACAAGGUGAGUGCUACUAUCAGUCCUGUGUCAUGCCAACAGUAAAGCAUCCUGAGACCAUUCAUGUGUGGGGUUGCUUCUCAGCCAAGGGAGUGGGCUCACUCACAAUUUUGCCUAAGAACACAGCCAUGAAUAAAGAAUGGUACCAACACAUCCUCCGAGAGCAACUUCUCCCAACCAUCCAAGAACAGUUUGGUGACGACCAAUGCCUUUUCCAGCAUAAUGGAGCACCUUGCCAUAAGGCAAAAGUGAUAACUAAGUGGCUCGGGGAACAAAAAAUCGACACUUUGGGUCCAUGGCCAGGAAACUCCCCAGACCUUAAUUCCAUUGAGAAUUUGUGGUCGAUCCUCAAGAGGCAGGUGGACAAACAAAAACCCACAAAUUCUGACACUCCAAGCAUUGAUUAUGCAAGAAUGGGCUGCCAUCAGUCAAGAUGUGGCCCAGAAGUUAAUUGACAGCAUGCCAGGGCGGAUUGCAGAGGUCUUGAAAAAGAAGGGUCAACACUGCAAAUAUUGACUCUUUGCAUAAACUUAAUGUAAUUGUCAAUAAAAGCCUUUGACACUUAUGGAAUGCUUGUAAUUAUACUUCAGUAUACCAUAGUAACAUUUGACAAAAAUCUCAUAACACUGAAGCAGCGAACUUUGUGAAGACAAAUCCUUUUGACCACGACUGUAUAUUCACUCACACACACACACACACACACACACACACACACACACACACACACAGUACCAGUCAAAAGUUGUCACACCUACUCAUUCAAGGUUGUUUAAAAAAAAAAAAAACUACUUUCUACAUUGAAGAAGAAUAGUGAAGACAUCAAAAAUAUGAAAUAACACAUAUGGAAUCAUGUCGUAACCAAAAAAGUGUUAAACAACUCAAAAUAUAUUUUAUUUGAGAUUAUUCAAAUAGCCACCAUUUGCCUUGAUGACAGCUUUGCAAACUCUUGGCAUUCUCUCAACCAGCUUCAUGAGGUAGUUACCUGGAAUGCAUUUCAAUUAACAGGUGUGCCUUCUUAAAAGUUUAAUUUGUGGAAUUUAUUUCCUUAAUGCAUUUGAGCCAAUCAGUUGUGUUGUGACAAGGUAUGGGUGGUAUACAGAAGAUAGCCCUGUUUGGUAAAAUACCAAGUCCAUAUUAUGGCAAGAACAGCUCAAAUAAGCAAAUAGAAACGACAGUCCCAUCAUUACUUUAAGACAUGAAAGUCAGUAAAUCCGGAAAACUUCAAGAACUUUGAACGUUUCUUCAAGUACAAUCGCAAAAACCAUCAAGCGCUAUGAUUCAACUGGCUCUCAUGAGGACCGGCAAGGAAAGGAAGACCCAGAGUUAUCUCUGCUGCAGAGGUUCAUUUAGAGUUACCAGCCUCAGAUUGCAGCCCAAAUAAAUGCUUCACAGAGUUCAAGUAACAGACAUCUCAACAUCAACUGUUCAGAGGAGACUGCUUGAAUCAGUUCUUCAUGGUCGAAUUGCUGCAAAGAAACCACUACUAAAGGACACCAAUAAUAAGAAGAGACCUGCUUGGGCCAAGAAACACGAGCAAUGGACAUUAGACCAGUGGAAAUGUGUCCUUUGGUCUGAUGAGUCCAAAUUUGAGAUUUUUUGUUCCAACUGCCAUGUCUUUGUGAGACGCAGAGUAGGUGAACGGAUGAGCUCUGCAUGUGUGGUUCCCACCGUGAAGCAUGGAGGAGGUGGUGUGAUGGUGCGGGGGUGCUUUGCUGGUGACACUGUCUGUGAUGUAUUUAGAAUUCAAGGUACACUUAAACAGCAUGGCUACCACAGCAUUCUGCAGCGAUACGCCAUCCCAUCUAGUUUGCACUUAGUCCCACUAUCAUUUGUUUUCAACAGGACAAUGACCCAACACACCUCCAGGCUGUGUAAGGGCUAUUUUACCAAGAAGGAGAGUGAUUGAGUGCUGCAUCAGAGACCUGGCCUCCACAAUGACCCAACCUCAACCCAAUUGAUAUGGUUUGGGAUGAGUUGGACCGCAGAGUGAAGGAAAAGCAGCCAACAAGUGCUCAGCAUAUGUGGGAACUCCUUCAAUACUGUUGGAAAAGCAUUCCAGAAGCUGGUUGAGAGAAUGCCAAGAGUGCAAAGCUGUCAAAGGCAAAGGGUGGCUACUUUGAAGAAUCUCAUAAAAUAUAUUUUGAUUUGUUUUAACACUUUUUUUGUUUACUACAUGAUUCCAUAUGUGUUAUUUCAUAGUUUUGAUGUCUUCACUAUUAUUAUACAAUGUAGAAAAUAGUAAAAAUAAAGAAACCCUUAAAUGAGUAGGUGUCCAAACUUUUGACUUGUGUGAUGUAUGUAUGUAUGUAUGUAUGUAUGUAUGUUUGUGUAUAUAUGUAUGUGUGUGUGUGUGUAUGUGUAUAUGUAUAUAUAUAUCACACUGAAUGUACAAAACAUUAGGAAAACCUGCUCUUUCAUGACAGACUGACCAGGUGAAAGGUAUGAUCCAUUUGAUGUCACCUGUAAAUCCACUUCAACCAGUGUAGAUGAAGGGGAGGAGACUGGUUAAAGAAGGAUAUUUAAGCCUUGAGACAUGGAUUGUGUAUUAGUGCCAUUCAGAGGGUGAAUGGGCAAGACAAAAGAUUUAAGUGCCUUUGAAUGGGGUAUGAUAGUAGGUUUCGUGCACACUGGUUUGAGUGUCAAGAACUGCAACACUGCUGGGUUUUUCAUGCUCAACAGUUUCCCGUGUAUCAAGAAUGGUCCACCACCCAAAGGACAUCCAGCCAACUUGACAACUGUGGGAAGCAUUGGAGUCAACAUGGGCCACUAUCCUUGUGGACCGCUUUCGACACCUUGUAGAUUCCAUGCCCCAACGUAUUGACGCUGUUCUGAGGGCAAAAGGGGGGAGGUGCAACUCCAUAUUAGGAAGGUGUUCUUAAUGUUUUGUACACUCAGUGUAUCGUAUUUGGUAUGGCGGCAAUAAUUUAACAGCGGCGGUGAGCCACUGCUAAAUUAAUACAGGGAUAACACUGAAUACCCAAGAGGCUUUCACACUGGUAUAGUAUACUGUGUGGACUGGUGUAUUACACUGUAUCAUAUACCUUAACUAACAGUAUACCUUAGGCACUUUUAUUUUGGCAUAUUGUGUAUAGCCUGACAUACUUGCACCACAGUAUCCGCUUGAGUGUACUGUUUGUGUUUUAUUCUUUUGAAGUAUUAACACAUGCACUAAUCAAAUGUAUCGUCUAUCAUCUCUUCUUCCUCCAGAAAAACUGAUGGUGUGCAUCACCCAGAGUGAGCUGCCCCUGCCCUACCACUGCUACUGAGGAGAGAACACUAGAGACCCACAGUUGCUCUCUCUCAUCCCCCUCUCUUUCUCUCCUUCCAUCACAAGACUGUGGUUUUGAAGAUGAGGGUUGGCAUCCAAAGAAAGCAGUUGUUGCAAUCAGAGGGUGAAAUCUAAUACACACUGAGACACACACACACACGGAUCAUAGUAGCAUCAGAAAUAUAUUCUCAUUUACAUUUUAUUGAUAUUCCCUUUUUCAAGGCAAUCAUCUUUGUUUGACAAUCAUUGUUUAUUUCUGUUUCUAUGGUUACUUACAUCCAACAUUUGGCUCAAUGAGCGUUCCUUGUCGUUCGUUAGAUUCAUCUUCCUCAUACGCAUCCAUUUUUUAAAAUUUUGUUUUGUCAUUGUCGUGAAUCAGAUUGCUGCCAUCACCUACAUCCUGAGAAGAAUUUAUUUUUAAAUAUCUGUAGGGUAUGUAUAUAAAAAGAGGACAUGUUUGAUUGGGGGAGGGAGGUGUCUGCCUUUUUUAAGGUUGAUUUUAAUUUAAAUAGUGCCCAGAUUGGGAUUUGUGAGUGGAAAGGUCAUGAGUGGCUGGUGGACCAAUGAGGCUCGGCCCUCAUAGAUUCAGAAUGUUUGUAUAGGAGUUAUUUUAAUCUCCUAGUUAUCUUCGUCUGGUUGGUUUUGGGUUAGUUGGGAGAGAGUUUGAGGCCGGUGUGUGAGUGUCAUACAGGAGAUCUGUGUGUGAGCUUUGUUAACGAACAAAACCCAUAUGACCCUGUUUAUUUGAAAGGAUUUCAUUUUGUGCUUUGUUUUUCUACUCCUGUGGCAAAUAUAAUUUAUUUUAUUUGUCUGUUCUUUUCAAUUGUGGCUUUUACAAAUGUACCAACUGCGUCUUAUGUUGUCGAGUGAUACCCAUUUUUUUUUUUUUUAC